AUGCCGUGCAAGACGAGAAAUAUGGACUCAGAGGAGAGGAUGGCGGCCGCCCACGAGCUUGAGUUGAAGCACGAGAAACACAUCCACCAGGCACAACUGAUCGCCAAGGAGGAAGACGCGCGUAGACAAAGGGUUACAAAGCAGGUGCUUCUUGCAGAGAACUCGACAUUACGCGAGCAGCUCGCCGAGAAAGACGCUCAGAUCAACCAACUGACCGACAAAUGCGACGAGACGCGCUCCGAGCUGGACUCCCUGAAGGCCGCUAGUCAUGAUCAACAGACCCAAAUAAAGUCACAAACAAGAGAAUUCGCCAAUAUCAAGGCCGAACUUGAGUCACUCAACAGUUUGUCUCAAGAGUCAACCAAGGUUCUUUCCGAGAAGCUGGCUCUUUCUCGAGAGCUCAACGCUUUAAGGCCCGAAUUGGAGCACUUGCGGUCACAAGUGGCUCACCAGCAAACAGCCAUCGCGGAAAAGUUGGCGUUGGAACGGGAACUCAACAUGGUUGAGGUGCAAUUGGCCAACGAGAAACGCGUACGGGAACAACAAGCAGCCCAAGCGGAGGGCAACAAGACAACCGAGGACGAGCUGAGUCGCAAGCUAAAGGACACCGAGAAGAAGUUGGCCGUCGAGAAGCGAGAAAAGGAACAAUUGCAAAAAGAACUCGAUUCUGUCGCUGCCGCUGCGCAGAUGGGCGAGGACAACAAGAAAGCAGACCAGGAGCUCAAGAAGAAGCUACAGGAGGCAGAGAAAACGCUUCUGACCGAAAGGCGUGAGAAGGAGAGGCUUCGUAAGGAGAACGAGGUGGCACUGUCGGAGGCUCAGGCACAGAACGAAAUGCUGGAGCAGCGUCUUGACACCCUGAGAUCAAAGCUACGGAUUACUCAGGAGGAACUCAAGUCGAUGCGAUCCGAAGUCGUCCACACAAGUACCGUGCCUACGAAGAAGGCAGAUACCGCCGCGCGGGUUGGCGGUGCCAAGGCGCAGAAUGCUCGCAAGCGCCGAGUAGAAGAACUCAGCAUAAGCGACAUGAGCAUUGGAACGCCAGAGGAUGUCACACGAGGCAGGCGACAACUUAAGAAGAAGGAGCAAGCCCUGGUAGGCGAAAAAUCGACAUUCUCCAUCACUCCUUUCUUGGCCAAAAGCAAGACUCUUACCGUUGAGGACGCGGUUGCCGAGGAGGAAGAAAACGAAGCCGAUGUCAGUUACGUGCCUCUUGCACACCAGGCUCAACAGGCCGCUGCUGAGGCUGAGGCGGAGGCCCAGGCAAGUGCUGGAGAAGAUGAUGGGGCUGAGCCCGAAACUGCAGACUCGGCAGAAGCGGAGCCCGAAAAACCCGCCCUCGCUCCCAAAGAAACCAAGACUAAGACGAAAGCCAAAAGCAAUGGAGAAACCAAGAAGGCGCGUGGCAGGCCCAAGAAGGCAUUGGCUGAGUCAUCCCCGAACAUGCCUGUACAGGCCCCGUCCGCGAGCAAUGACGUGGCCAAGUCAGGUUCUCUGCUUGACAAGGUUCUCGAGGAGCCCGAGGCCGGCGAACAGGAGAAUGCAAUUCCUCCCGCGAAGAUCUCUGCAGCGGAGAAGAAAGCGUCGGUGACAAGUACGGGUGUGCGCGAACAAGAGGUCAAGAGAAAGAAGCGCAAGCUCGCCGGCGACUCAACCACUCUUUUCGACGACGAUGGUGAGGUGGAGACUGCGAAUGUCAAGCGACCUGGUGGUAAAGUUGCGCCAGGAGCCGGCAAGGCCCUAGGCAAGACGCACUUGUCCUUGGUGCGUAACGCGGGCGCAUUUGGCAAGAGGACAUUCUCUCCACUCAAGAAAGAUAGGAGAGGUGUUGGUGCUAGUUUCCUGGCAUCACCCGCCCGCGCUCUCAUGAGAGUUUCCAGACGACAGUCUUUUCCCUUGCUUUCUACAGCUUGUGUGGAGUGCCGGAAUACACUCAAUGCUGGCGCCAGUCAGAUGCGGGCAUCUUCGUCCAACUCGAGAUGGAAGAUGAGGCAGGGCAAGGAUAUUUUCGCGCGCGAGGCCAAGGUCCAGGGCCUCAAAAGCAGAGCGGCGUUCAAGCUUCUAGAGAUGGAUUCCAAGUACAGAAUUUUCCGCAGGGGACAGACAGUGGUGGACCUGGGAUAUGCUCCUGGGAGUUGGUCGCAGGUCGCCGCCGACCGCACGAAACCCCACGGACAGAUUUUGGGAAUCGACAUCAUCCCGGCCCAGCCACCAAAGGGCGUCUCGACGAUCCAGGGUAACUUCCUCUCGCCUGACGUCCAGGAGAUGGUGAAGGACUACCUCGUCCGGCACAAGAAAGGCCGUCCGGCCCGGCCACCAGCCUCGACGACCUCACCUGAGGGAGAGGAGAGCACAGGCACAGACGAGGCCGCCAUUAUCGAGGACCAGCCGAGCUAUAUUGACAUGGAGAGGGCGGCUUCAGAGACGCCCGACAAGUCUGAGUUUGUUGCUGAGACAACGAAGCCAAAGGAUGGUCGGUUGGUGGAUAUUGUAUUGAGUGACAUGUCAGCACCUUGGGACCAGACCACCGGGUUUGGAGUGAACAGUCUUAGUAAUCCCUAUCAUAGGAUGAUGAACACGAGCGGCAUGGCCUUUCGGGAUCACGCCGGUAGCAUGGACCUUUGCAUGGCCGCGCUCCAAUUCGCCAACGAUACGCUAAAGAACGGCGGCCACUUUGUUUGCAAAUUCUAUCAGGGCUCCGAGGACAAGGCGUUCGAGAUGAAGUUGAAGACCCUUUUUGCGAAGGUGUUCCGCGAGAAGCCCGAGUCGUCUCGUAGCGAUUCGAAAGAAGCGUACUUUGUGGCUCUUAGGAGGAAAGGUGAAGUACAACUUCAGGGGGGCAAUAAUAGCUUGUGA